CUCCAUGACAUUAAAGUGAAACCAGGACAGGACAGUCAACACACACACACACACACACACACACACACACUGGGAGUAGAACAUGAGCACUGGAGCCUGAUCGAGGGCCGCUGUGUUUGACUUCUGACUCUUGGACUCGGGGACGGUGUGGAGUGUGUGAGGAGUGUGUGAGGAGUGUGUGAACCAUGACCAUCCUGUUGCGGUGUGUGUGUGGCGUCUCCAUCCGACGCUUAUACACCAUCCCAGUCCGCUGGAACCAACACGCUGCUAAAGGUGUGCGCUAUAAGGACCUGCUGGUGGGCGUUCCUAAGGAGACGGUGAAGAACGAGAGGCGGGUGGGCGUGUCCCCCGCGGGGGUGCAGGUUUUGGUGAAGCAGGGUUUCCGUGUGCAGGUGGAGGAGGGAGCCGGUCGAGAGGCCAAAUUCUCUGAUGAUCAGUACAGAGCGGCCGGAGCCUCCAUCACUGACACCAGGGGGGCGUUCGGACUGGACCUGGUGCUCAAGGUGCGGGCCCUGGGGUAUAACCACUCUCUGGAGCUGGUCAAUGAUCUCAAGGGAGCUGGGAGCAGAGAAAUGCUGGAUAUGACCCCAGGAACACCAUCCCCACCGGGCAUUUCUCUGCCUCCAAACACGGGCGUGACCCUGACCGCAGCUAUAGGGGGCGCUGACAUGCCGGUGGUGAUCACGGUGUUGAACAGUUACUCCGGCUGGGCUCUGUGUGCCGAGGGUUUCCUGCUGGAUAAUAACCUCAUGACCAUCAUGGGCGCUCUGAUUGGUUCGUCCGGCGCCAUCCUCUCUUACAUCAUGUGUGUGGCCAUGAAGCGCUCUUUACCCAACGUGAUCCUGGGUGGAUACGGAACCACGUCCACCGCCGGCGGGAAGCCCAUGGAGAUCGUGGGGACCCACACCGAGGUGAACGUGGACCAGGCCAUCGACAUGAUCAGAGAGGCCACCAGCAUCAUCAUCACACCGGGUUGGGGUCUCUGUGCAGCGAAGGCUCAGUAUCCCAUCGCCGACAUGGUGAAGAUGCUCAGAGAGCAGGGCAAGGCUGUCAGGUUUGGGAUUCACCCGGUGGCUGGGAGGAUGCCCGGGCAGCUGAACGUCCUGCUGGCAGAAGCUGGAGUCCCGUACGACGUGGUUCUGGAAAUGGACGAGAUCAACGAGGACUUUCCUGACACUGAUCUGACGCUGGUGAUCGGUGCCAACGACAGUGAGGAUCCGAACUCCAUCAUCGCCGGGAUGCCCGUCCUGGAGGUGUGGAGGUCCAAACAGGUGAUCGUGAUGAAGCGGACGCUGGGAGUGGGUUACGCCGCGGUGGACAACCCCGUCUUCUACAAGCCCAACACCGCCAUGCUGCUCGGAGACGCCAAGAAAACCUGCGACGCCCUGCAGGCCAAGAUCCGCCACGCCUCCGCCCAGAACUGAACCUCGCCCGGGGGGGUUCGCUCUCAGUAACGUGGUGAAUAAAACAUCCAUCAAUAAAAACACUAACCCUG